AUGGACGACGCAGAACGUCGGAGCGCGAAGCGCUCUCGCUUUGACCAGACCGAGCCUGAACCUAAGAGAGUAUCACGCUUCGACCGCCGGUCUCGUUCUCCUCCCGCAAGGAAGUCGGACUCCGGCCGGGAUCGCGACCGCAGCCCUCUUUCCAAACCCCGUGAUAGCGUGACUCCCGAUUCCACAAAGCCAGCAGUUGACCCUGCUGCCGCCGCUGCUGCCGCUGCCGCCCGUAUUCAAGCCCAGCUUCAGGCUCGUAAAGGAAUCCAACACGUCGAUGUCCCACCCGUUCGAUCUGCCGGUACUAGAGAGGGCAGCGUCCCCGCGAAUAUCAAUGGAGAGAUGUACAUUUCCGAUGGAGACUUCAUCAAGGAUAUCGAGGUCAACGAUCUCCGUAACAGAUAUCUCUUGACCAAGGCGUCUCCGUUAUUGCUGUUCAAUCUUGUGCGGGGUACUCUUGCUUACAGGAGGCAUGAUGUCACCACUCGCGGUAGCUACUACCCCGACAAGAGCAUGGCGACACCUGCGAACCCUCCGCUGUAUCUGCAUGUCACGAGCACGACCAAGGAAGGUUUGGAAAAGGCCGUUGCCAAAAUCGAAGAAAUGAUGAAACAAGAACUUCCCCAACUCGUUGACGAACGUCGUUUCCGCCGCAGGGACCAGGAACAGGUCGAACGUGAUGAAUACGGUCGUCGCAAAUGGCCGGAAGAGAGAAUCCCCAUCAAUCUUGAACCCGUCCCAGGAUUCAACCUCCGCGCCCAGGUGGUUGGUCAUGGUGGCGCUUACGUCAAGCAUAUCCAGCAGGAGACUGGCUGCCGAGUCCAAAUCAAGGGCCGUGGCUCCGGUUACAUCGAGGCAUCAACAGGCCGCGAGAGCGACGACGACAUGUAUUUGCAUGUCGCUGGGCCCGAUCCUAAGAUGGUAGAGAAAGCCAAGGAGCUUUGCGAGGACCUGAUGGAGAACGUCAAACAACAGUAUGAAGAGUUCAAGAGCCGUCCGCCCCGCCAGUACAACGGUCCUAGGGAUUACCGUGAUCGGGAGCGGGAGCCCAGAGGUGGCGACUCUUACCAUGGGCGGGGCUACAACAACAACAACAACAACAGCAACAACAACAACCACAGAGAUCACCAUCAUGGCGGGCACCACGACAACAGCCAUCACAGCAGCUACACCAACUCGCCUGCUCCUGGUGGUGGCCCUUCGGUCGCGCCCCCUACUCCCACGGCUCCUGCAGCGGCCACGACGGAUUAUGCUGCCCAAUAUGCCCAAUACUACGGCGGCGCUGCCGCUACUGACCCUUAUGCUGCAGCUGGUGCGGCUGACCCAUACGCCGCGUAUGGUGGCUAUCAAGCGUAA